CCCCCGGCCGCCGGAGAAAGAUGCAUGCGCCACAAGCGGGGCUCGGAGCUGUCCAAGUGCUGAAAUCUAUAGGCAGGGUGAGCUCCCGUCUCUCUCAUUCCGGCACAGGAGCGUAGCUUUUUCUGCAGCCCACACCAAUCAUUCCCCAGCAAUAUUUACAACUCGCUGCCCGGAGGGGGGAAAGUGGAGCGGGGGGGGGGGGGGGAGGAAAGAAAAGAAACAGCCCCACGACGACUCAUAGAUACUGAUUUCCGAAGCAAAAGGGAAAUCAAACAAACCCACGGCAGACGGCUCUCCAGCGCGCCAGCGAUUUCUUUUUGCAUGAUGUUCUUAAGAUAGCAGGGCCGUUUUUAUUUUAUUUUUUUUUCAUCAUUCCGUAAAAGCAGCCGGGGGAACCACCGGUUCUGAUGCUUUGUCUGUUUUGUGUUGGCUGCUGGGGAUGAGCCUGGGUUUGACCUGACCAUGAUUCCGAGGACUGGCACUUCUUAUUUUUUACCCCCAAUUUGUAGACAUCCAGAUCUCCUCUUUUUGAUUUUCAAGAAAAUCAAAUUAUUGCUGGAUUUGGGAAUCUAGACAGCACAAGGUACUUGCCCCUGCUUCUCUCUGGAAUCGUUUCUGGGAUAUUUUCCAUAAUCAUCACACAAAACAGGAGGAAUGAACGGGCAGCUAGUGAAAAUUUUGAUAGCCUUGUUUGCAUUUUUCUUAGAGACAAACCAUUUCAGGGCGGCUUUCUGUAAAGAACAUGAUUCCAGAUCUGGAAAAUCCCCUUCACAGACCCUGUCUCCUUCAGAUUUUUUGGACAAAUUGAUGGGAAGGACAUCAGGGUAUGAUGCAAGAAUCAGACCAAAUUUUAAAGGUCCUCCAGUAAACGUUACUUGCAAUAUUUUUAUCAACAGUUUUGGAUCAGUCACAGAAACCACAAUGGACUACAGAGUGAACAUCUUUUUGAGACAGCAGUGGAAUGACUCACGCCUGGCUUACAGUGAAUACCCCGAUGACUCCUUGGAUUUGGAUCCAUCUAUGUUGGACUCUAUUUGGAAGCCUGAUUUAUUCUUUGCCAAUGAGAAAGGUGCAAACUUCCAUGAUGUUACAACGGACAACAAGUUGCUGAGGAUUUCUAAGACUGGGAAAGUGCUAUACAGUAUCAGGCUAACAUUAACCUUAUCGUGUCCAAUGGACUUGAAGAAUUUUCCGAUGGAUGUGCAGACUUGUACAAUGCAACUAGAAAGCUUUGGGUACACUAUGAAUGAUCUGAUAUUUGAGUGGCUAAGUGAUGGUCCAGUGCAAGUUGCCGAAGGCUUAACCCUGCCACAAUUUAUUUUGAAAGAAGACAAGGAACUUGGUUAUUGCACAAAACACUACAACACCGGAAAGUUUACAUGCAUUGAAGUCAAGUUUCAUUUGGAACGUCAGAUGGGAUACUAUUUAAUCCAGAUGUACAUUCCUAGCCUGCUGAUCGUCAUUUUGUCCUGGGUUUCUUUCUGGAUCAACAUGGAUGCUGCUCCAGCCAGAGUCGCUUUGGGCAUCACUACUGUCUUGACAAUGACUACUCAGAGUUCAGGAUCCAGAGCUUCUCUUCCGAAAGUCUCCUAUGUAAAAGCUAUCGACAUCUGGAUGGCUGUGUGCCUUCUCUUUGUGUUUGCUGCAUUACUGGAAUAUGCAGCAGUCAACUUUGUUUCAAGGCAGCACAAGGAGUUUCUGAGGCUUAGAAGAAGACAAAAGAGACAAAACAAGGAAGAUGACGUUACCCGUGACAGUCGAUUCAAUUUCAGUGGUUAUGGGAUGGGUCACUGUCUCCAGGUCAAAGAUGGCACCGCAGUCAAGGCCACUCCUCCAAACCCCCCUCUGGCGUCACCAAAGGAUUCAGAGUCCAUCAAAAAGAAGUUUGUUGACCGUGCAAAAAGGAUUGAUACAAUAUCCCGAGCUGCGUUCCCACUAGCCUUCCUCAUUUUCAACAUCUUUUACUGGAUUACAUACAAAAUUAUACGGCACGAGGAUAUUCACAAGAAGUAGGCAACUCGCUGGGGGUGCUGGGACCUUGUUGCCAAAGCGAUUUGCUUGUAAAUAAACCAUGAAAUGUCUUUCUGUCAUUUGGACUGAGGAUUUUUUUUCAUCCACGCUACUGAAGAGAAUAAGACAAAAAAAUGGAACGGAAGAAAAAGCAUAGGAAAAAAGUGAUUGACUAAAAAUAAAAAUGCCGUGGGACCAUGCAAUACGGAUCCCCUUACAUACACUCAAUAUUGUUCUUCCAGAUUCUGCAUUGAUCAGACAUUCUUAAACAAGGCCAAAUUUUACUCAACAGUGUCACUAAGAUAUU